UGAACCUUAGUAGCGCAUUAAAGGUUGUCAGAAGAAAUGAUGGGAAAAACGAAGUUAGCAGAGCAACGUGCUACUGCGUGGUAUUGAUAGAGGAGGAUUUUUUUUCAUUUCCUCAGAAAAAUACGAAAAAUGGCAGCCGAAAUGCAGCAUCUCGAACCACCAAGCUCAGCUAGUUCAGAAAGCGACGGUGAUAUAUGUCUAGAAGAUCGUGCUGUCUUCCUUGCAGACGGUGCGAGUGAGGAUGGUGAUUCUUGUCGGCAAGAAAUUCCAAGUCCUUCUCCUCAACCACCCAGACCAUCUUCAACUGGAUCACAAAAGUCUCCAAGAUCACGAAGGCAACGUACAACGAGUAUGUCUCAGUCAAGUAAAAAAACAUCAGCCGAGUCUAUUAUUCGAAGCAAAACCAGAACAAUUUAUACAGCAGGUAGGCCGGCGUGGUAUGACUCAGCUGGGCAGCAAGUGGAGCCAUUUGUUAUUGGAAUUUGUGGUGGAAGUGCUUCCGGUAAGACUACAGUAGCAACAAAAAUAAUUGAAUCUCUGGAUGUACCUUGGGUAACUCUAUUGAGCAUGGAUUCUUUUUAUAAAGUACUUAAUGAGAAACAACAUGAAUUGGCAGCGCGUAAUGAGUAUAAUUUUGAUCAUCCUGACGCUUUUGACUUUGAAUUAUUGAAGACGACUUUGCAAAGACUGAAAGAGGGAAGAAAGGCUGAUGUUCCUAUUUAUAAUUUUGUUACACAUAGACGGGAGAAUAGAACUAAAGUAAUGUAUGGCGCUAAUGUAAUUAUAUUUGAAGGAAUCUUGACAUUUUAUGAUGCAGAAGUAUUAAAAAUGUGCGAUAUGAAAGUAUUUGUUGAUACGGAUGCUGAUGUUCGACUUGCUCGUCGACUUCGUCGAGAUAUUUCCCAAAGAGGAAGAGACUUAGAAGGAGUAUUAAAACAAUACUGUACCAUGGUCAAGCCUGCCUAUUAUUAUUAUAUAUCUCCAUCCAUGGUGCAUGCAGACAUUAUUGUCCCACGCGGUGGGGAAAAUGAAGUAGCUAUUGAACUUAUUGUUCAACAUGUCCACACACAAUUGCAAUUGAGGGGAUUUAAAUUACGAGAAAAGCUCGCACAUUCGUACAUUGGUCAACCGUUACCGUCAUCUGUGUACAUGUUACCGGAUACUCCGCAAGUAAAAGGACUACAUACGUUCAUCAGAGAUAAAAAUACUGAUCGAGAUGAAUUUAUAUUUUACUCUAAACGAUUAAUUCGCUUAGUUAUUGAAUAUGCACUUUCAUUAUUGCCUUUUAAGGAAAUAACGGUAGAAACUCCUCAAGGAAUUCCUUAUGUUGGAAAAAGAGGAGCCACGGAUAAAAUAUGUGGAGUAUCAAUAAUGCGAGCAGGGGAAACUAUGGAGCAAGCGUUAUGUGAUGUUUGUAAAGAUAUUCGUAUCGGAAAAAUAUUGAUCCAAACUAACCUUCAGACUGAUGAGCCUGAGCUUUUCUAUCAACGAUUACCCAAAGAUAUUAAAGAUUAUCGAGUAAUUUUAAUGGAUGCUACUGUAGCUACUGGAGCAGCGGCAAUGAUGGCCAUCAGAGUAUUAUUGGAUCAUGAUGUUGAUGAAGAAAACAUUUUUGUUGUAUCACUCCUUAUGGCAGAACCUGGUGUGCAUUCAAUUGCUUACGCAUUUCCUCGUGUAAAAAUUGUUACAUCAGCACUGGACCCUGAGAUUAAUGAAAGAUUCUAUGUCUUACCUGGCAUUGGAAAUUUCGGUGAUCGGUAUUUCGGUACCGAGCCUGUUGAUCUAGAGUGAAUAAGCAUUGGUUUUUUUUAUCGAUUGUAAAUAAUCUUAUUACGUUUCUAUCAACGUCUCUAUUCGUGAAUCAUUACAAGUAAAGUUGGAGGAUUUAAUAAAUUUCUCAUUUAUCUUA